AACACAAAUUAAAUGAGGAAGAAAAAGGUUCUAGUUUUGAAUUUUAUGAAAGGACCCAACCCCCCAAAAUUGUGCCACGUGACAAAGUUUCCAACAUGGCAUCCCGGAGAAGGACUUCUGCUACGGCCAAGAGAGAUCAAGAGCGCGUAACAGAGACAAUGAACAUCGAUGUAGGCGCAGAAAGUGGCGCUCCAGCUGCUAAACUAGCCAAGAAAGAAACAAGCAAAAUUGGAACGAUAUUUAAUAGCUUAGACUAUGGCCCUGCACCAGAGAGUGCAGAAAUAGCAAAGAGAUGGAUAGCCAGUCACAAUGGACUAUUAGGCCACUUUAUUGAUGGGAAAUGGGUGAAGCCUGAAGGACGCAAAAGAUACGAUUCGUUCAUUCCUGCAACAGGUGAAAAGCUUUCCAGCACUAUCCAAGGAGAGAAGGAAGAUCUUGAUCAAGCAGUUGCUGCUGCUAAGAAAGCUUUUAAAGACUGGAGUAAUUUGUCACCCCAUAAAAGGGCUAGGCAUAUAUACAGUAUUGCAAGACAUGUGCAAAAACAUAUACGCUUGAUUGCAGUUCUUGAAAGUUUGGACAAUGGAAAGUCUAUCAGAGAAACACGGGAUGCUGAUACACAGAUUGUUGCAAGACAUCUUUAUCAUCAUGCUGGCUGGGCAGAGUUAAUGGAAACAGAAAUGAAAGGAUGGAGUCCAAUUGGUGUUAUUGGUGGUAUCGUUCCAUGGAAUUUUCCCCUAAUGCUGUUAUGUUGGAAGGUCUGUCCAGCUUUGGCAAUGGGCAAUACUGUGGUACUGAAGCCAGCGUCAUACACUCGCCUCUCUGCCUUGCUUUUUGCAGACAUUUGCUCUGAGGCAGGUUUACCACCAGGUGUUUUUAACGUAGUCACUGGACCAGGCUCAUUUGGGAGCUUGUUAGCCACCCAUCCUGAUGUAGACAAAGUUGCAUUCACUGGUUCUACAGAGGUUGGCAUGAUUCUCAGAAAAUUAACUGCUGGAAGUGGUAAAAAGCUGUCUCUUGAACUUGGAGGUAAAUCUCCAGUGGUAGUUUUUGACUCGGCAGAUUUGGACAGUGCUGUUGAAGGCAUUGUACAGGCAAUUUGGUUCAAUCAAGGACAGGUCUGUAGUGCUGGUUCAAGAUUGCUCGUACAAGAAACAGUAGCCGAGCAGCUCAUUGAUAAAGUUAAGGAGAGAAUGAAGCACCUAAGGCUGGGACAUUCCUUGGACAAAUGCAUCGAUAUGGGACCAAUUGUUGAUGAGUCUCAAAGGAAGUCAAUUGAUGAGUUCGUUCAGCAUGCAAAAAGUGAAGGAGCAGAGGUCUACCAAGCAUGUGCCUCUAUGCCCAAGACAGGUUGCUUUUAUCCACCGACCCUUGUUACAAAUGUUUCCACAACAUCCAGAAUUGUGAUGGAAGAGGUUUUCGGUCCAGUUCUGACAGUAAUGACAUUUAGGACGGCAAAAGAAGCUAUUAGUUUGGCUAACAACACCAGAUACGGCCUUGGCGCCAGUGUUUGGAGUGAAAAGAUCGGUCUAGCCAUGGAAGUUGCUUGUAAUAUCAAAGCAGGAACCGUAUGGAUUAAUAAUCACAACCUAUUUGAUGCUGCAUCGGGCUUUGGUGGCUACAAGGAAAGUGGCUACGGAAGGGACGGUGGAAAAGAGGGGCUUUAUGAAUAUGUAAAGCCAAGUUGGCAAAAAAGGGCAAGACCGAACGUCGAAAGCUACGAUAUAAAACAUUUUGGACCAGCCUCUUCUCCACCUGUCUUGAAUGCAAACGAGAGUCUACCAGCCAAUGCUAAUUCCGUUGAUCCAAAGGUUGAUCGCACCCACAAACUUUUUGUCGCUGGGAAGCAAAAGCGUCCGGAUGCCAACUAUUCUCGGACAAUUUUGAACAAGGAUGGAAGAAUAAUUGGCCAGGUUGGUGAUGGAAACCGCAAAGACAUUCGGGAUGCUGUGGAGGCUGCUGCAGGGGCCUUGUCAGGUUGGAGCAAACGAACAGGACACAACAAAGCUCAGAUUAUUUAUUACGUGGCUGAAAAUUUAGAGCUACGGCAAAGUGAAAUUGCAAACAGACUGCAAGAAGAAGUUGGUUGUGAUUUCGAAGAUGCCCAGAAACAAGUCACCGCGUCCAUCCAAAGAUUAUUCCAUUGGGCGGCGUACGCUGAUAAAUAUGGCGGAAGUGUACAGGAAACGCAGCAAUAUGGCACAGUACUUCGCGUUCAUGAACCGGUUGGUGUGUUAGCAAUCGCCUGUCCAGAUGAGUCUCCAUUACUCUCGUUCAUCUCCUUGCUCGGACCAGCUAUCGCACGUGGCAACACUAUCGUUAUUGUUCCUAGCGAGAAGUAUCCGUUGAGCUCAAUGGAUGUUUGUCAGGUGUUUGAGACCUCUGACGUUCCUCCCGGUGUUGUGAACGUUGUCACUGGAAGCAGGGACCACUUGACGAAAACUCUUACAGAACAUCAAAACGUGAAUGCAGUUUGGUACUUUGGUUCUGCUGAGGGUAGCAAGUUUGUCGAGGCGACCUCUGCAUUUAACAUCAAGAGAACUUGGGUCAACUAUGGUGAGUCACGUGAUUGGUUUGAUCAGCAGCAAGGCGCUGGGGAGGAGUUUUUGAUUCGAUCUGUAGAAUGUAAGAAUGUUUGGAUUCCUAUGGGACAUAUUUAUGCGAACUGAGCUGAUUUGAUGUAACUUUUUGUAGCGCAAGGGAAUUGUUUUUGUUGUUUGAGAAUGGGAAUGAAAUAUAGGAAUGAAAUAUUUGGACAG